AGAUUUGUAGAGAGAACUCCGAGAAAAUAGAGAGAAAGAGAGAGAGAGAUCCUUGAAAGGUCAAAAGAGGUCAGGUUAGAUUGUGAUUACCCGUUGAAUCAUCUCCUUCUCUCGUUGAAAAUUUUGGUCAAAAUAGUUAAGCUAAAGCCAAACCCUAAGCUCAAGGUUAAGGGGGAAUGGUCGGCGUGAUGAACAGAUUGAGGAAUCUGGACGCUUACCCUAAAAUCAAUGAAGAUUUCUACAGGCGUACACUCUCUGGUGGUGUUAUCACCCUCGUCUCUUCUCUCCUCAUGCUAGUUCUCUUCUUCUCCGAGCUUCAGCUUUACAUUCAUCCGGUUACGGAGACUCAGCUCCGUGUUGAUACAUCAAGAGGAGAGAAGCUACGCAUUAAUUUUGAUGUUACAUUCCCUGCGCUGCAAUGUUCGAUUAUUAGUCUUGAUUCCAUGGAUAUUAGCGGAGAGAGGCACCUUGAUGUGCGACAUGAUAUAAUUAAAAGACGAUUAGACUCUACUGGCAAUGUCAUUGAGGCAAAACAAGACGGAAUUGGUCAUACAAAGAUUGAGAAACCCUUACAGAAACAUGGUGGAAGGUUGGAGCACAAUGAAACAUAUUGUGGUUCCUGUUUUGGAGCCGAACUGUCAGAUGAUGCUUGUUGUAAUUCAUGUGAGGAAGUUCGUGAAGCUUACCGAAAGAAAGGUUGGGCCCUCUCAGACCCUGAAUCUAUCGACCAGUGUAAAAGAGAAGGCUUUGUGCAAAAGGUCAAAGACGAAGAAGGUGAAGGUUGUAAUAUUCACGGUUUCUUGGAAGUUAAUAAAGUUGCUGGGAACUUUCAUUUCAUUCCUGGGCAAAGCUUUCAUCAAUCCGGUUUUCAGUUUCAUGAUAUGUUAUUGUUCCAGCAAGGCAACUACAAUAUUAGCCACACGGUCAACAGGUUGGCCUUUGGAGACUUUUUCCCUGGUGUCGUGAACCCUCUAGAUGGUGUGCAGUGGAAUCAGGGGAAACAGAGUGGCGUGUAUCAAUAUUUUAUUAAGGUGGUGCCCAGCAUAUACACUGAUGUUCACCGUAAUACUAUCCAGUCAAACCAGUUCUCUGUGACAGAACAUUUCCAGGGCAUGGAAGCAGGUCGCAUGCAAUCCCCGCCUGGUGUUUUCUUCUACUAUGAUCUUUCACCAAUUAAGGUUAUAUUUGAGGAGCAACAUGUGGAGUUCUUGCACUUCCUAACAAAUGUGUGCGCUAUAGUUGGAGGUAUCUUCACGGUAUCGGGAAUACUAGAUUCGUUCAUAUACCAUGGACAACGAGCAAUUAAGAAGAAAAUGGAGAUUGGUAAAUUCAACUGAUGUGUUUAAUAUUCUCCACUCUCUCCAUCAGCGACUGGAGGAGAAUCAUCUCUACGGGUUUUACAAUUAGACAUUAGGUUUGUAUUUGGCGACAAUGCGAUGAUCAAUCGAUUUAAAGAAUUUUGUAGUACUGUAAAAAUAUUCAAGGAUCUGAACUUUUUCGCCUUAGACUACUAUUCCCUAUCUCUUCAUAGGCAACGUACAAAGUGUAAAAUUAUGUGAUUUCCAAUUCAGACGAGUGCUUCGUUCAGUUUAA